AAUCGCUAUUGCGCACAUAGUUACGACAAUCCAGUGAUGAUUCUAUGAUAUAGAACAAGCCAGCUUCGACGGUCACCGUUUGAUUCCCCUCAGACCAGUUGUCGCGAUCGCAUCGAACCCCCUCACGUCCCCGCAUCACCGUCGGGAACCGAAAGACGCCUCCACCAUGGGGUUUAGAGGUCCAUCCUGGGUGCACAAUGCGUCGAUAGACUCGAUACCGGAUUCAAUUCCUAUUUCUGAAUUUAUUCUAAACGAAAAGUAUUGCCGAGCGGGCUUGACAGCUUCCAAAAAGCCGUUUAUCUGGGGAGCUACGGGUGACGGAUAUACUGCGGUUGAGGUCUCCCAGCGCGUUGACUACCUAGCACGAGCUCUUGCGAACGAGUUUGGGUGGCGGCCGAACCUGAGGACGGAAUGGGAUAAGACGAUUUGCGUCUUUUCGCUGAAUACAAUUGAUUUCUUCCCGCUGACAUGGGCUGUCCAUAGACUAUCAGGAAUAGCUUCUUUGGCCAGCGCAGCAUAUUCAGUAAAUGAGCUUGCAUAUCAGCUCCAAGCGUCCAACGUUCAUGCGCUAUUUACCUGCUUACCACUAUUGGACACAGCCUUGAAAGCAGCUGCAAAAUGCGGCAUUCCCAGGAACCGGGUUUAUUUGCUAGAUAUGCCUCAGAGCUUUACUGGAAGUGGUUCAAAGCCUUUGAAAUUUAAGACCGUCAACCAACUCAUCGAAAAAGGCUCCAAUCUUGACGAAUUGGAGGAUUUGAGAUGGAAAAAGGGGCAGGCUGCCCGACAAUGCGCUUAUUUAUGCUUCUCCAGUGGAACCUCGGGCCUUCCGAAAGGAGUUAUGAUUUCGCAUAUGAACGUGAUCUCUCAAAUCUCGCUUUUCAAGCUCUUUGAGGGCCAUACUCGCACUGAGAAUCAGAAGGAUACGGUUCUCGGACUUCUACCCUACAGCCAUAUUUUCGGGUUAUCUGUCUUUCACUCGGCAGUCUAUCGAGGCGAGUGCGUCGUCGUUGUUCCAAAGUUCGAGCUUGCUACCCUCCUGGGGGCAAUUGAAAGAUGCAAAAUCAAUGUGCUUUACGUUGUACCACCUGUCAUUAUCUCCAUGGUCAAGAAUGAAAGCCUCAUGAAGAAGUAUGAACUGAAUAGCGUGCGCCAUAUAAUCACGGGUGCGGCCCCCCUAGGGAACGAGACUGCGGAAGAUCUCCAUAGGCUAUAUCCAACAUGGUCGAUUCUCCAGGCGUACGGUCUUACCGAAACCACUGCAGUCGCAACGCAUACAAGUCCGCACGAUAUCUUCUUUGGUUCGUCCGGAUGCCUCCUACCACUGCUGCAGGCACGAUUGGUAACCCCUGACGGAACCGAGGUUGAGGAGUACGAUACGCCAGGAGAACUUUUACUCCAUGGCCCGACCAUUGUCCUGGGCUAUCUCAAUAACGAGGCGGCGAACAGGGAGACAUUCCAAGACGGAUGGCUACGAACAGGCGACGAGGCGGUUUUCCGGAAGAGUUUCAAUGGAGAGGAUCAUGUCUUCAUCGUCGACCGGAUAAAAGAGUUGAUCAAAGUUAAGGGGUUCCAAGUAGCGCCAGCAGAACUGGAGGCUCACCUCCUCACGCACCCGGCGGUCGCUGAUACCGCAGUCAUCGGUGUCCACGACGAUUCGGCGGGUGAAGUGCCGAAGGCCUUUGUCGUGAAGGCCAGCGAGAUAACAGUUGACCAUCAAACACUGAUACACGACAUCCAAAAACAUGUCCAGGACCAUAAGGCGCAUUAUAAAUGGCUACAUGGUGGGAUCGAGUUUAUUGAUGCUAUCCCAAAAAGUGCGAGUGGGAAGAUAUUGAGGCGAUAUCUAAGGGAUAAAGAACGUGAGGCAAGAAGAAGAGGGGGUUCAAAGAUAUGAUUAUCUGUAAUUAGUCUAGUUGCAUAUUCAGCAGGGCAUGUUCAUAAGCACAAUGAACAGAUAUAGCUUUGACAACCACUGGUUGGAGCCAAGGGGAAGAAGUUGUCUGUUGCUUUCCGUCUCGCCCUUCCAGGACAAUGCGCGUGACUUAAUGCCCCUACCAUCGAAUUAUUGGGCUUCCAAGAAAAUGACACCUCUCUCCUUCAAAAGUUGGAGGACAUGGAUCGCAUAGAAGACCAGCUAAGAGCCCAAUCAUUAACCAGUUGAACACCAAAUAGAUAUCCCACUUUGAAGACUAGCAGAGCAGAGUAACUUAAAAGGAUGGAUUACUUUAUUAAAAUUUUUCCAUCACACACCCAAAUGUCCAUCUACCCAAGAAGUCAACAUUAUGGUCAAAAUAUAUAACGGUUAUUGGACAUUCACCCCUGAAGUCAUUGACUAGAAUAGCCCAAGAAUGUACCGGAAAAAAGAUUAGGAGAAAAAGAAAUCAACAAUAUUAUGCAAUAUACAUGUCGGCAUCAUUAUGUCAUCCAGGGGGUCCUGUGACAAUUGCAAGAAGGGAAGAUAUAUCUGCUAAGUGGCAAGUAAAAGGCGCAGCCAAACAUGUGUGUCGUAUUUGCGAUCUCAUUAUUGUAGGUGCAUUGAGGCUAUCAGAUGGGUAUCUUAAAAAAACAUAGCGCGUCAUGUAACCAUUGGCGGGUGGCUUUCUGACUUUCAGUCGUUUUUAAGGUCUUUGUAUUCAGCCUCAUUGGAGGGAGAAGGACACGGAGAGGGCGAUAGGCUCCGCUCCCACUCGGCCAUCAAACUCGAUGCUGUCCGUGUUAAAUUCGAAGGCCGGAGCUUCGUUAACGCCGGCCAUGGAAUACUGUCAGAUGGAGCACUGUCGGUGCCAUUUUCAAUUUCGAUGGUUUUAAGGUCUGCGAAACUGCGAGACCGUUAGUUAUAUCCAAAUAAUAAAACGGUUUGGCGGCGUUGAAAAGGUGCUGACCUUGCACUUGUCCGAGGACUGCUUGCCCCCGUCGAAGGCGAUGGGUCUCGCCUGGAAGAAGGGAAUGUGGAACUGCUUGACGAUGGAGUAUGGGUUUUGGGUUGAGGGGUAUCCCAUACAUCCCAGUUAUCAUCCACAUCCAAAAGAUUGGACUCUUUAGCAUUCUGCUUUCCACCCUUAUUCUUGGAAGAACUGUAACUUGCUUUGGGCUUUUCGGGAGGGUCAAUGCCGAAUUCACUCCAGAAGGAGACGUCUUCCUGCUUCGAAAUGGAUGCCCUAGCCUCCGGUAUCUUCUUCGAUGUAGCAGGCCUGGCGGCGGUCGACGAUCCAACGGACUGUUCUCGACUUGCAGUAGCGUCCAUACCGGUCCGCCGAGACGGACGAGACGAUGAACGAUGGGCUGCAUACAUGGACCUUGACUCUGUCGCAUUGAUUCCUUCUUCGCCAACCGUAGCUUGACG